AGUAAAUGGAGCAAAUUACGACAAUUUUCAUUUUUGAGUAAACUAUUCCUUUUAUAUUGUAUGGCAAACUUUUUUACUCCAGAUCCUAGUUUUACUGAUCUAAUGAUUCUAUUGAAAAAGGCAGUUAGUUUGGUAAUGUUUUGUAAUAAAAUUUUAAUAUUUGGUCCAAAAAAAAAAAAAAAGAAGUAAUUUUAGGUUUAGUCUUUGGACCUGCCAGUUUCCUGCAUGUGCUCUGUCAUGCGACAGAUUUCACAUUUCAGUGCUCGCACCAACAUGAUGAUGAGUGUUCAAGACUACAGCAUAAUAGCAAUGAUCUGUUACCUGUUAACUAAGCUUCUGAGCCAAUGUCCAAAAUAGAUAAACAAUGUUCUUAAAAGAUCCUUCAGGCAUAGAUGAGUGGACCUUCAUCAGACAAGUGUCUAAAUACUUAACCUACUAUACAAAAACAGUGCAGUUCUGGCCAGAUGAGACAUUACGGCAUUCUAGAUCUUUGGAAGAAAACAACAGAAAGUAGGAAUCAAGGGACAAAUCCUCUUGCCGGGUCAAGUGAUGCAGUACCUGCUGGUGUUUGUAGUACCAUCACAAACAGCAACCAGAGUCCCAGUGAUGUCCCUGUGAAUGUCGUCUCUUUGAUGCCCAGCCAAGCACCAAGCUCUUCAAACACUCAGGUGUCAGAUGGGGACAAAGCUGGCGCCACGCUCCUGUUCUCCGGAGUCUUCUUGGGCCUGGUUGGCAUGGCAUUCACGGCUAUGGGGUGGACAAAUUACAAUUUCAGCCACAGCUACGAGUGGACACAGCUUCUGGGGCCCAUUCUGCUGUCAGUAGGAGGUACAUUUGUGCUGAUAAGCAUCUGCAAGUUCCGAAUGCUGUCCUGCCUGAGCUGCAAGCAGAAUGAUGGCGAGAGAACACCUGAAACGGACCCUCUGCCGCCCCUUUCAGGACCAUCAUUCAUCUUCACUAGAUUCAAUCAGCCCAUUACCUUCCACAGGGCCACGGUGGUCCAGUACAUCCCACCACCGUACACCUCCGUAGUACCAGACCAAAGUCUGAGUCCUGUUAAUGGUUUGCAUUCAAAUCACCAGCCAUUAGCAGUCACAGUGAACACACCGCCACAGUAUUACAGCAUGUAUCCAGUGGAAAACCCUGCUUUUAAUUCUGGUGAACAUGACAACGCUACAGCAGAGCAAAGGGAAAACAGGAAUCGCAGUGUCUCCGAGGAAGAAGAAGAGGAGAAAGCGAGUACAGCAGACAGCGCCUCCUCUCCACCUGCUUACGAGGACCUCUUCCACUCCUGAUCAAUGAAUUACAUUUUACUAAGAACUUUUCAAAUAAAAUUCAUUUGUUUACUCAAAGUAUCCAUUAGCGUAAAUGUGUUACGUAAUUUUACUAAAUUAAGCUGAGACUGAGAGAAUAUUAAAUAGCCUAAGUGUUCAUAAUUGAAAUAUACAAGACAUUUUACUUAUGAGACUGGGAGAAUAUUAAAUAAGUUUCCAUAUGUGAAAAAUAUAGGCUAGUAAAUAAUGUGUGCUGCUGUCCUACUCAUGAUAUUUUUCUCAGCUCUCUCGUGUCCUUUUGGGCUCCUGAGAACUUCAUGGCACACGUGAGCGUCCGGUGAGGGCCACAUGGGGGCAGAAAGAGUGAGGAAGUACAACAAAAUCCUAAUUCACCAACACUGGGGAAGGUGGUGUGUUUUAUGCGUGUUCAUUUUAAUAACUGAAAGAAUGACAAAUAAAAAUUUGAAUCACGUUGUAGUGCAACAGCAGCAUAGCAAGUAAGCAGUGUAUGUUAACGGUGGAAGGUUGUUCAGUUCGACUAGUACACUGAGAUGUGCUCUAUACGUCUUUUUGUAGAAACUUUAACAGAAACAUUUCAUGUCUGUCGUUGUAGGAAAUGUGAGACUAUGUAUUUGUUUUUACAUUUUUAUGGGUCUAUCUUUUAAUCGAUAUAAAAUAUAAAAUCUUAUCAUAUGCUAUCCGUCUAUACACUUAACAAAAAUAUCUUACAAAAUAUUGAUUUUAUUAUUCUGAAUCAACACGACGAUUGAGCAAUUAAAAGUAAUGUUCGAUCCUUGUGAUCCAAAAGAGAGAGAGAAAAAUCGAAAUAUUCCAUGCUUGCAUAAUUCUUUUUUUACCUUGUUUUAUUAAAA